GGUUACCAUCAAUAUUGGGAGUGAUUGAAAUGAGAUACAAUUUGGUUAUAUCUUUUAUACUACUAUCCAUUGGAUUCAUAAAUGCUGUUAAAUUUGACUUAGUUGCAACUCAAUACCCAGAGACUAAGUGUAUUUGGCAUUACGCCAACGCAAAUACUCUAGUUGUCGUUACAGCCAAUGUGAACUCAGGAAGUAAGCAAAGAGUUGAUAUUGAGAUAUUAGAUGGCUCAAAUGAGAAGUACACUUAUUUGAACAAGAAGGAUAUAAAGGGAGAGACUAGAUUAGCUAUAACGACACAUCAACAUGCUGAUAUUGGUGUUUGCUUUAAGAACUACCUCACUGAUCACGUACAAUCACAUUCACCAAUUAAAGAAGCUUCUACAAUAGAUUUAGAUAUUGAUGUCGGUGCAGAAGCUAUCGAUUACAAUGCGAUCGCGAAUCAAGAGCACUUAUCAACGAUUGAAACUGAUAUGCGUAAAUUAGAACAGAUGACCAGAGAGAUCGUUACGGAUAUGAAUUACCUAAAGAAACGCGAAGAAAGAAUGCGUGAUACGAAUGAAUCAACAAAUGCUAGAGUUAAGAACUUUGGUUUAAUUACGCUGGCCGUACUAUUCGUAUUAGGUGUUUGGCAAGUAAUUCAUUUGAGAAGUUACUUCAGAAGGAAGUAUUUGAUAUAAUAAACAAAUAAAAUAAAUGAAAGAUGCAUUAG